AUGGAGGUGGGGGAGAUCCACUUCUUUGUAAUGGAUAGAAUCAUGGCUUGGAAUAUCCGGGGCCUCAACAAUCCUAAAAAGCAAGUUGAGAUUAAACAACUAAUCUGGAAUAUGAAGAUAGGAUUGGUUGGGCUCUUGGAAACAAUGGUGAAAACCCAGAAGUUAGGAGAAGUCUAUAUUAGAAUGUUUUCAGGGUGGUGUUUUUCAUCUAAUAAUGCCUGGCAUAAGGGGGGCAGAAUAAUAAUUAGUUGGAAUCCAGCUAUGUUUCAGGUUGAUAUCAGGUUCUGUACGAGUCAACUGAUGCAUUUGGCAGUUAGGUCGAAUAAUGGUCAUGAAGGUUUCUUAGUUACAUUUAUAUAUGCCUUCAUUGAUGCAAAUGGAAGAGAGAUCUUAUGGAGAGACCUGAAAAUUCUGGCAAGAGAUCAUAAGCAACCAUGGGUGGUAUUAGGGGAUUUUAAUGAUAUUUUGAAUGCAGAUGAAAGAGUAGGCAAGCGAGUGCAGGGAGGAAGUUCUUCAUCAUUUCAAGACUGUAUAGAAGAGUGUCAACUUGAAGAUGUGAAAUACUCGGGCUGUUUCUUCACAUGGACUAAUAAGCAAGAUAAAGAAGGCAGAAUUUACUCGAACAUUGAUCGAGUUAUGGAAAAUCAAGAAUGGCUCAUUCAGCAUGAACUAGCGGAGGCUCUUUUUUUACAAGAAGCAUCUGAGUUCAAGUCAAAAGUUCAAGCAAGUUGGGACCUGCCCUGUCGAGGAACAGCUAUGUAUAUUCUGGUGCAGAAAUUAAAGAGGCUUAAAGCAGUUCUCAGGGACAUUAACAAGAAGGGGUUUAAUAACAUACAAGUUGCUGAUACUUUAGCAUAUCAGGAGUUGAAAAGGAAGCAGGAGUGCCUGAAUAAGGAUCCACUGAAUGAGCAAUUGAUAGAACAAGAAACAACAGCAAGGAAAGAGUACAUUGCAAUUCAUAAGAGCCUUCUUUCAUUUAUGUAUCAAAAAUCAAAACUGGCUUAG